CUUCCUUGCCUUCACUCGAUAGGAAGUAGCAGGACUUGGCUUUCCCACCUGUGAACAAUGCUAAUGCUUUUGUAACCACUUAACUUCUGGCCAUCGUGAUUUUUAGCAUUUCUAGUUAGAAAAUGAGGAUAAAGGUCUAUGAGAUGGCCAAUGGAUAUCCAGUAAUGUUGUUUUAUGUAUUCUGCAUGACCUUUGUUUCAGUUGUAAAAAGUGCUUGUUUGUGCUCUGAUUACCCUGAUAUCUCUCGAGAAGCGUAUAUAUUUGAAACCCCUAAUCUUCCGCAAGAAGCUUGCUGUAUGCCAACUGUUGGUAAUGGAUAUUUAGCCACUACUGUGUAUGGUAAAUUCAUUCAUGUGAACGGUAUCUAUAACGGCAGGUAUGGUGACAGUCACCAUGCAGAGGUCCCCUCCAUGGCAGACAUUCAUAUAGAAAGCAAUGGCAAGGAAUUCGUCACAGAAUCUUUCCUAAUGAAUGUAGUCAAGGGAAUAUUUUACCACAAAAUAACCAUCAAAGCGGGUAACAUAGAACAAAGAAUAUAUGCUCAUCAACAUACGACUCGUCUUCUUGUCAACGAAAUAUUAAUCUCAAGAAAGCAAGAAUCUACCGAGGAAAUAACAGUGUCUUUGACUCACAAGUUCAACCCAAAGAGUGAUGAUGUUAGAUUACAGGUGGUAGCUCCCAAGACAGAAGGUGAUCCAUGGUUUUCAAGUGGGAGUACAAUUACUUCUGAAACACCUACAAGUUCAACUUCACAACUAUAUAUGUAUUGGGACGAUGUGCCAAGAACCCUUACAUUGGCGUCAGGUGCCGAUUCUCAAGUGUGGACAUUUCUUUUUGCAAUAUCUGGAAGGAAAUCUGAAGCCUUUCUGUCACUGAUAGCAGGAUGGGAGUUGAGGGAUGCAGGGAUACUCUGUCAGAUGCAUGAGUAUGCCUGGCAACAAAAAUGGAUUGAUGGGAAAAUUGAUCUAGAUGGAACCAACCUGGAACUGGCCAAAGCUAUCUAUGGUAGUAUGUAUUAUAUUACAAGCUCUCUACCUCCUCAAGGAAAUGAUGUUCAAUUUCCAUUCCAUUUUUAUGGCAUCAGUCCUGGAGAUUUGGCUCAUGGGGGAUGUGAUCCUGAUGAUUAUAAAGGACACGUUUUCUGGGAUCAGGAGAAGUGGAUGUUCCCAACAAUACUGAUGUUCCAUCCAGAUAUUGCACUCGAAAUGUUGAAGUCUAGAUCUUACCACCUGCAGGCAGCUAAGGACAAUGCUGCCAAGAAUGGCUACAGAGGUGCACAGUUUCCCUGGGAGAUGGCAUUUACAGGUGUGGAAGUCUGUCCUGCUACACCGUACCCUACCAACGAACUUCACAUCAGUGGAGACAUUGCUUUUGCUGUGCAGCAACACUUGUGGGCAACCAAUGAUACAACAUUCCUUGAGGACCACAAUGGAUUUGAGAUGAUCAAGAGUAUUGCAGAAUUCUGGGAGAGCAAGGUGGAGUACAACCAAACGUUGGAAGCAUACACAAUUAGCAAUGUCAUGCCACCAGAUGAAUAUCAUGAAAGCGUCAAUAACUCUGUCUUUACCAACAGUAUAGCCCAAAUAAGUCUCAGACUACCAGCGUAUGCCGCUUCAUUGAUUAACAAGUCAGUUCCUGCAGAAUGGACAGACAUUGCUGAUAACAUGUUCAUUCCCUUUGAUCAUAAGCUGCAGUAUCAUCCAGAGUUUGAAGGCUACACUCCUGGAACCAUUGUCAAACAAGCAGAUGCCAUCCUGCUUGGAUACCCAUUGAUGGCCAAUAUGACAGCAGCCACCAGGCAGAAUGAUCUUGAGAUCUAUGAGACCUAUGAAGGAACCAAUGUAACCGAUCCUAACGGGCCUGCAAUGACUUGGGGAAUGUUUGCCAUUGGCUGGUUUGAAAUGAAAAACCUUUCCAAAGCUGAGAAAUUUAUUACUCGUAGCUAUGCCAAUAUCCAAGAACCAUUUAAAGUUUGGACAGAAACAGCCACAGGGGCAGGUGCUGUUAACUUUGUCACUGGAAUGGGAGGAUUCCUUCAGGCCAUUGUCUUUGGUUAUGGUGGAAUAAGACUACAAAGAAACAGUCUGCUUGUUGACAUCACACUUCCUGCAAACACAGAUACUAUAACCUUCAGAGGUCUCAACUACUUGGGAAACUCCCUAUGCAUCUGUGGGGAAAACGACACUGUUCAUGUCACUGUCCUUGACAGGAAUAACCUUUCCUUCCAUGCUGAUCUGCAACUUGUUCAGGGGUCUCACGUUAUACCAUUAUAUCUCGAAACUACAGUAACUGUUCCUCGUUUUACAUUUAGCAUAGCACCAACACACUGGUAGAAAUUAGAGGUACCUUGUCUCAUUUAGUAUAAACUUAUGCAGUAACUAUUUAUGUAUGCACAUACACAUGAGAUAUGGUCAGAUUUGUGGAAAUAAACUAAUUAUUUUUUCUUUAAAUUUCAAACUAUAUUUUCCUGUUUUUCAAUAAACACCUUUCAACUGCAGCUACUCAUUACACUCACGAAACUGGUAAUGCAAGACAAUGAUAUAAUAGGCAAUUUACUAAAUUAGAAUUAUAGAACCAAAUUCUUCAAAAUUUCAAGUGAAUCAUAUUUAUCAAAAUGUGUUAUAAAUCCAUAUUUAUUGUUUUCUAAAAUAUGUAAAGAGUUUUUUUUUAACACAAAUGUUUCAAAACAACCUCCCUGGUUUUUCACAUUUUAUGGUCAAUUGAGUGAAAGUAGCAUACAUUUUUGGGGGGGCCCAAGCCCCAAAGUAAUUCUAUUUUGAUAGUUUUCAUUAUGUUUGCUGUAUAAGGUUCAUAAAUAUGUUUGUGAAAGAUUUCCUUUUUGGACACUUAUUACUUCUAAACUUCUGAUAUGACUAAGUCCCUUUUUUCAAAAAUGUAUUUGACGAAAUAUUACUAUUUCGAUAAAUGUUUUGUCAUAACAUACAUGUAUGCGCUUUCAAUUUGUACUUUGAUUUCGAUUUUACAUUUCUUUGUCUUUCUUUUUUCUCUUUCUAUUGCAGCAUUUUGAAUUACGGGACUUGGAUGAGUUCACAGAAGAAUGGAUGCG